AUGUGGAUCCUUCGAAAAGUCCAAGAGAGUGCCGAGAGCUUUCCAAUGGAGAUAAGCCGACUUGUGGGUAAAAACUCUGACGAGAUCUCAGCCAAAGCAAACCUUCUCAACAAACUCCACAACAAUAUCCUGACACCAGACAAAAUUCCUGACUUCUUCUUGCCUCCCAGGUUGAGCAGACGCUCUGUAGUUGCAGUGGAGGGCAUUGUUCCACAGUGCCUCGAUGACCCUGGAGUCAACUGCAGUCAGACCUCUCAGCCAAAAUCUGACACAACUAGUACAAUUUUGAAGACAGAUAAAAACAAGGGCACCAGGAUGGCCAUGAGGGGCCAGAUAAAGCCAAUUCCGUUUUCACUUAAAAACUACGAGCCUGAUUUGUUCGAGAGUCCAAACACUCGACGCAAGGAGUCAUUGUUUCACUCUGCACUUUCCAGCUACACACUUGAGCGGGUAACCAACAGGGUGGUGCCAAAACUGCCCUCCAUAGCACUACUGAAAGUGGGCAGCAUGGAGAGUGACACCAGUUCUUCUGCUGACUCGUCCCCUCACAGCUCACCACCUCCAAUCAGGAGCAAACAUAAGACCAUUUCCAUGGCACAUUCACCAUCAAAAGAAUCUCUUCACAAAGAUGAUUUAAUGGGCUCCAAAAGCACAGAGGACAAGAUCAAAUUCACAAGAGAUAGACAUGUUACUCAGGCUACUUCCUCAACUUUAGCCCCGCCUCUUCAAUUCCCACUGGACAUGCUACAUUGUCAGGAACGCCUCCAUAGUGAGCAUGUCCUUCUCCUCCCACAGAGGGGCUGCAUUCGUCUCUCUGCCUCUCAUUCCAACAUGGAUGGAGAUCUAUGCACCGUUCGAAUUCGGGUAGUCUCUGUGGAGGACCUGCGUGAACCCGGUGACCUUCGACCACUGCACUGUGGUCUCACCUUGAGCCUGAGUCCAGGCAAGCUGCAGCGGCAGCACAGUGCUAUCAUCAAGAACUGCCGCAACCCUGUGUUUAAUGAGGACUUCUUCUUCACAGAACCAGAAGGAAUAGAUCAAGGGCUGAGGAACUUUGCUGUCAGGGUGAAGGUGCUGGAGAAGAACUUUGCUCUGGGAAGGGCUGCAGUACUCGGGGUUAUCAUCAAGCCACUCACUGAGCUACUAGCAUUGUAA